AUGGAAUCCAAGAUCUUUGAGAGGUUCUUCUCCAUCCUUGUCGAGAAUAAACUCCUGCCAUGCCACCGCGCUGUUCUGUCGGCAAUCGAUUGUGAGCAGCUUCACGAAGUGCUCAGUCUACAAGACACGCCCGUGAGCAUAAAGCUGGAGGACUUUCCCUUUGACGGUGUUACAGCCGUUCUCGAUUUUAUCUACACCGGGCAUGCCCAUAUCAGCUCAGAGAAUGUGCAAAACAUUCUGACCGUGUCGACGUAUUUUUCCGUGCACCAGCUUCGAUCGAAAUGCGAAAGUUUUCUUUACGAGCUGCAGACUUUGUCGCCCAGCUUGACCGUAAAUGACCUCACUGAAAAUAUUCUUGCCCAGAACAACAACGAAUCUACCCCUCCUGCCUCUACAAGCAACAACAAUACCGAAGCAAUCAACGGCGGCAACGACGGCUGCGUCGCCCAAGCUCCCGCUCAAGGGCCCUUUAUGACAAAUGAAUGCCCAUCCAACUCAGACAUCACGCACUUGCUAGAAAUUAUUCGCACUAACCACCCGCCCCACACGCAGCCAAUGCAGCCCAACCCGCUCGACUCCUUCUUAGUUCCCAUGCAGACUAUUCAGCUUAACGACCCAGAAAACCAUGAAGAAAGCAUCAAAAACUGUUCUCAAAACAAUCUCGAGUUCAUCGAACCCACCUUAUCCUCUUCUGUAACUGAAGCGAUCAUCAACAACCAACCCAUCACGAUCGUGUCGGACAUGACAGAGCGCACCUGCGAGUUGUGCAGCCGCCAUUUCAUAUCGCAAGACGAGCUUGAUCGACAUAUUCAGAUGGAUCAUAACAGUGUUGAAAAGAAAUUUGAAUGUACCAUCUGCGGGAAGAGGCUCGCCAAUAGGAAAACCCUCGCUCAGCACAGACGGUCACACAGAACUACUCAAAAGUCCCGUCAUAGUUGCGAAUACUGUACAAAAGAUUUUUCGACUAAAGCUAACUACAACGCUCACUUGAAACGAAUGCACCCCGACGAGUGUCAAUUACUGAUCACAGUGCAUCAAUGCGGCGAGUGCAAUCGCACAUUUCCGCGAGCCACAGAUCUACGCACGCACCAGAAACGUCACCUGAACAUUCGGGAGCAUAAAUGCCAUUUUUGCGAGCAGUCUUUCGUAACGAAAUCCAGUCUUCAAGUGCAUCUAAGACGACACAACGGCGAGAAGCCGUACAAGUGCACGGAAUGUUCAGCCGAGUUCGUCGAUUCCUGUGGGUUGAAGAGGCACAUCGACAACAUUCAUUCCGCAGUGAGGGCUUUGAGGAAAUUGGCGCCGAAACCAAGGAAAAGGGGUCAAUCGGAAUCGGACGAUGAGUACCAAAUCGACCUCACCGAACUUGAUGAAUCGAUAGAAGAAGAGGAAAAAUACGUCCUUGAAGAAGACGAAGCUCCCGUUGAGUACAUUCCCCGAAAGAAAAGAAAGGCUCCUGUCGAGAAGGACGAUCAGACAGACAAUUUAAACGACGUGCUACAUAAUCAAGUUAGAAAAGAUUACGGGAAGAACUGCGAAAUGCUAGAAGCGAAGAUUCUCGAAGAUGCGAGCAUUCUUGGCGAUUUCGAUAAACUUCGCAUUUUAGAAAGUCUUUAUGGAAUCAAAAAGCUGUACAAAACGGAGCAUAAAAUUGCUGACAUCAAGAUAAGUGGCAAGCUGUUCGUCUGCGCGGAAUGUGGCAAAAAAUUCACAACGCGGCCAGGCAUCAAGUAUCACAUCAAUGGAAAAUGUCCAGAAGUUGCAUCGCUUCACAAGUGUCGAUUUUGUGACUACCAGUCUGGGGAAACGUUCAAGAUAGAUAGUCACAUUCGUUUGGAUCAUUUGAAGCUGCAGACUGAAUCGACUCCGAGGAAACCAGCGCAAACCAUGUCUUGGCUCAUGUCGGAGCAGCUUCUUCGGACGUCCUACAAAUAUAAGAAUAAUUCGGAACCAAACGAAACUCAUUUGUCCUCUCCAAUGUGGGCAUCCGACGACACAGUUCUUCGGAAAGGCUGGAAGUUUAGCAAUACCGUCCGCGUUAAAGUGGGUAAAAAGUUAAUGACCAAAAACGUCGAGCCACGCACGUCGUGGGAGACGUCCGACCAUGCAGAGCAUGGCUACAAAUUCGAAUGUAACAGUGGAUUCCACAGUAUUCGAUGCUUCACCUGGCUCCGUGCUGGGCAAAUUGAUGCCUUCGCCAUUUCUACUCCGCCUUUCAAAAUAAAUUCUUCCGAUCUUCACUUUUCCUCAUUUCUUCAAUUCUGGUAUUUCCCUUCUUCACUCAUUUCAAAAAAAGUGCAUUCACCUUUACACCUCCUUACCAAACAAUGUCCGUUCGCAAUCAAUGCCCUCAUCCAAGUUGUGGACGAUAGCAACGACGGUUACCUCGCGAUGGCUUGCGAUGAUGGGAUAAUUCGACUGGUUCCGACCGGUAUCGAUCCCACUAAUAAACAACGAUUCGCUGUUGACUUUUCCCAUAAAGAGCUCGUCCUCAACGGGCGUUCGCGAUCCAACCCCCUUUCUAUAGAUUCUUUUAAUGACCUGAUCGUAGCUGGCUACGCAUCAGGAAUCGCCGCUGUGUACAAAGUUCUAGCUGCUCAACAAACAAUUAAACCGCUUCAAGUUUUCGAUACGCAUGGACUUCCAAUCAGUAGUAUUUGCUUUCAUUCUUUCGACCACGAUAUAUUUACCACUUCUUCCUUCGAGCGAAUAACAACGAUCUGGAGUCGCACUCGCGGCGAGCUCUACAGCACUGGAGACUCACCUUCACAUAUGAUCCUCGACUCAUGUUGGGUGCAGGAUAUGCUCGCACUGGCAACAGACAAUGUGUUUCAAGAUCACUUUGGAGUCGUUAUUUACGAUCCGAACUUCAUGGAUACUAGACUCAAGCAAAGAAUAGGUUACGCCCAGCCUAUUUCUUCGAUGGAUUAUGCUCAUCUCCACGGGACCCUUGCCAUUGGUGAUAUUGAUGGCCGCAUCUCCCUAACUUCGUUGCCCAAUCCUCGUAAGCAGAUGAACAUGACCCGAAAAGGAUUUCAAACCGUUGUCAUCUCCAUUGCCUCAGUCUCCCCGCUCGCUGACAAAAAGGACGAAAAAGAGUUCGACGUGCUGUUUGAAGACCACAAAGAUCUAUCGAAGAUUAGUGAACAAACUUCUUUGCCAACAAAGCGUGCUAAUCUCAAGACAGGAGCCGUUCCGAUCGAUUUCAGCACUCUCACGAAUUACAGUUCUGUUCGCUGGAAUACUUCGGGUGCCAGAUCAUGUUGGCUCGGCUUCGCUAGUGGUAGUGGUGUCACAAUGUUCGUAUUAUUCGAACAUGCAUCGGGCUACGUCCUUGUUCACUGUGAGCAAACCGAUGACAUCAGCGAGCUCAAUGCCAACGACUGGGCUAGCUUCAGCCAGCUUGUAAAGCUGAAGGCUUUCCAGCCCUUCACAUCCGCGGCAAUUGCCCUGGAUAACAUGAAUGCUAUCUCUGAAGAACAUCGACAAGUUGAUCAAGCCUUUGAAUCUGAAAAAGAAGGCGGCGCCCAGCUUGGUCUCUCGCACUCUUACUCACGAACCAAGGUCAAGUUCAACGUCAAUCGAAUGGACAACAUGGUCAUCCAGGCCAUCGCUCUUAUCGACCAGCUCGACAAGGAUAUCAACACCUUUGCCAUGCGAGUGCGCGAGUGGUACGGCUACCACUUCCCAGAGAUGGUUCGUCUCGUCAACGACAACUAUCAGUACUGUCAACUGAUCGGUCUCAUCAAAAUGCGAAAGAACCUUACCAACCCAAGUGACGAGCUUGUUGAAUCCAUCGAAAAAGUCGUCAUGGACACUGCAAAGACGCAGGCCAUCUGCGACUGUGCUCGAGCUUCCAUGGGAAUGGACAUUUCCGAAUUUGAUCUGAUCAACAUCGAGAUCUUCGCCAAAAAGGUUAUCAGCCUCGCUGACUACCGAAAGAAGCUCCAGCAGUACCUCAGUGACAAGAUGAGCAACGUCGCUCCAUCACUUGCCGCUCUUAUCGGCGACGUCGUCGGCGCUCGACUUAUCUCCCACGCUGGCUCUUUGACCAAACUUGCCAAGUAUCCCGCCUCUACUGUCCAAAUUCUCGGUGCUGAGAAGGCUCUUUUCCGAGCCCUCAAAACAAAGGGAAAUACUCCCAAGUACGGUCUUCUUUUCCACUCUACCUUUAUUGGUCGAGCCACUGCCAAAAACAAGGGUCGAAUUUCCCGAUUCCUUGCCAACAAAUGUUCCAUUGCGUCUCGUAUUGACGCCUUCUCCGAAAAUCCCAACAACAUCUUCGGAGACAAGCUCAAAGAACAGGUCGAAGAGCGACUCAAAAUGUAUGAGGACGGAGAUGUACCACGAAAGAACAUCGACGUUAUGAAGGAGGCUAUGGAAGCCGUCAAGAAAGCCCAGCCAGAAGACGAGGAGAAGGCAGAGCUCGCUCCUACUAAGCGAAAGAUCGAAGCCGUCGACGACGUCGACACCUCGGAAACUCCUUCCAAGAAGAAGAAAAAGAAGAAGGAUAAGGUCAAAGAAGAACCAUCCGAGGAGGCCUCAGAAGAAGUUACGGAGGAAACUCCCAAAAAGAAAAAGAAGAAGAAGAAAGUAAAGGAGGAAGCGAGUGAGGAGGCUGAGGAAGCUUCCGUCGAGCCCGAGACCGAUUCGACCGAGGUCAAAAAGAAAAAAAAGAAGAAGAAGUCGAAGGAAGCGGCAAGCGAGGAGGCCGAGGCUGAGGCUGUGACAGAGGAGACCUCUCAGGAGGUCGAAGUUGACAGCUCCGAGAAGAAGAAGAAAAAGAAGAAAAAAAAGAAGGCAGCUGAAGAGUAA